AUGGAGAGUGAAAAUAAUUAUAGAUCACUAGAAAACCCAACAGAAGACAUCUACACAGCUGCAGUGAGGCUCCGGGUCCAGAUGCUAAAUGGAGAGCCAAGAGGAUCAGUUUUACAUACCAAAUUGAAAACCCUUCUGGUGAAACUGCUGCUGUUCAUCUGUGGAGCACUUGUGGCUGCCAUUGUCCUCCUUGUGAUUUACUAUUUCAUCACAAUCAAGAAUGAGGACAUUGCUGUUACACGGCAGCAAAAUGAUUCCUUCAUGGAGCAAGAACUUAGGAUACUGCAGUCUGAGAUUGCCACUCUGAGCCAGAGGAACACUGAGCUUUCAACAAAACUCUCUGCUCUUGAAAAGCAAUGCUCUGCACUGGAGAAAUCCUCACAAAGUCAGACUUGUUCAAUGUGUCCACAGGGGUGGCUGCUGCUCAAUUCCAAGUGUUACUUUUUCUCCUCUAAUAAACUGGACUGGGACUCAAGUCGUGAUAACUGCACCUCAAUGAGGGGACAUCUGGUGAUUAUAGAAAGUGAGGAGGAGCAGAAUUUUUUACAAAAUGAGUUGAAUCGCAAUGGUUUGGAAUCUUACUGGAUUGGACUGACUGAUUCAGCAGUCGAAGGUCAUUUUGUAUGGGUGGAUGGCCGACCUCUGGAUUCACGUCUAAGCUUUUGGGGUAAGAGCCGGGAUGGAAAACUUCAACCAGAUAAUUGGAAUCAAAAUGGACAACAUCCCAAUGGAGAGGACUGUGUCCAGCUACACAUGAAGCAAAAUUAUACUGGCUGGCAUGAUGUUUUCUGCAGCAGAUUAAGGAAAAGAAUCUGUGAAAUGGCAGCCAAGGCAAUAACUUUCAACAUGAGACCUUAA